GCUCGGCCAUGUCUCUUUUCCUCCCGAAGCAGUCACUGUGAAGACGGAAACAUGUCGCUGAUAAUUCCGGAGAAAUUCCAGCAUAUUCUGCGUUUCAUGAAUACAAAUAUCGAUGGCAAGCGCAAGGUGCCCAUCGCUAUGACUGCCAUCAAGGGCGUGGGGCGUCGUUACGCCAACAUUGCCCUGAAGAAGGCCGACGUGGACCUCUCAAAGCGUGCCGGAGAGUGCACGGACGAGGAGGUCGAGCGAGUGGUGGCCGUGAUCCAGAAUCCACGCAUCUACAAGAUCCCGGACUGGUUCCUCAACAGGCAGAAGGACGUCACUGACGGCAAGUACUAUCAGCUCACCUCGGCCGUGCUGGAGUCCAAGCUCCGUGACGAUCUCGAGCGACUGAAGAAGAUCUGCGCCCACCGCGGUCUGCGCCACCACUGGGGCCUCCGCGUGAGGGGUCAGCACACCAAGACGACCGGUCGUCGCGGAAGGACUGUCGGUGUGUCCAAGAAGAAGUAAAAAUGCCCUCAAUCUGGAUUUAUUCCUGGGUCCGGAAUCAUCGCUCUGGAGCGUGUGCUUGUGAGGCUCUUGGAAUAAAUUUUGCUAUGCGAGAAA